UGUACGAAUCAUGGACUCCGAGAUGGAUGCGAGCCUGACUGUCUCUCCUCCACCGAACAUGACGGCCUCUCCUACGUGGACGAAAGGAAGCACGGGCGUAUGGCGAAGGGAGCUUUUUGGCGUGGAGCACUAUCUCGCUGGCCUCAGCGUGCUUUGCGAUGGGCAGCAGGAUCUUGAAGUCUGUGCCGCCUUCACAAGCUCUCUCGCGGCCGCCGAGCUGGAGCAGAGGCUCCCCAAAGCGUGGGAGGCGACCUUGAAUCGCUACCCCCACUUUGCUUCUCGCAUCGUUCACGAGCCCACUGAUGACAGCCCGAUCCAUUGCGUGCUCGAGUGUCCCGUCGACAAUAUCAGCGAGAGAGCACAGGAAUCGGCGCAGGUGCACCGCUCUUCGUCCGACGCCAAGCAGGCGAUCAAGGAGAUGCACAAGGAGCUGACAUCGAGACGGACCGAAGGAGUCGAAGUACACCUCGUCAAUGCUUCCAACGGGUGCGCGCUAUUCCUCUCGGCUGCCCAUGCUUAUUACGACAUCUUUGGAGGUAUUUUGGUCCUCAAUCAGCUCUUGAAAUACCUCGUGGACGAACAAUGCCAAGAGCAGCGGCUAGACAAUGUUGCCGAAAGACUCACGCCCUCGGUCCCCGAUGCGUUGCCUCCCCCUCCGGUCUCGCUAGCGGAGGACGUGCAGAAGUUCAUUGGAGAGAUGCUCGGACCGCUUCCCCAGCAGAUGCCCACAACGCCCAUGAUUACUCCAGACUUCUCGGAUGGAAAAGGCAACGGAUCGGCGACGUUCGUUUGUAGGACGCUGGAUCGUGAGACGAGCAGCAAGCUCUUGGGCAGUCUCAAGGCUAACGACGUCACCAUCACGAGCACGUUCGAUGCCGCUCUGCACCUCGUCAUCGCCCAGCGCGCGGGUAGGCCCGAAAAGGGUUGGAAGGGCGUGGUGUGCACCAACUUUCCUGGCGUGUCGAGUCUCCGUCCAUUUAUGAAGCCCGAGGUGAAACAUGACUACGCCGGAUUGGCCGUGGGUGCCCUUCCUGCCGCCAUGGACCUAUCGGGCUUGGACGACAAAGGAGCCGAAGACGUGCUCCUCGCCGGCGCAAAGCAGAUCAAGGCCGACUACGACCGCAUCAUGAGCAACCCCUGCACAGCUUACGGACUGGGCACGCUGGUGACGCUCAUGAACAUCGAAAAGGCCUUGCCCCCUCCCCAGCCUGCCUACAUCAGCAUUCUCUCGUCAGUCGGGAAUCUGGACGAAGUCCUAGUUGGCGAUGUCAAGGGCAGCGCUCAGCAGAGCAUUGUGGUCGAUGACUUCUCCGUCAGCCUGCGCAUGCACGAGUAUUUUGGUCCUGCAUUCCACCUCUGGACCUUUAAGGGCCAGAUCAAGCUACAGUUUGCACACCCUCGCGUCUACGAGUAUGUGGCCGGUGAUAUCCUGGAUCGCACCGUCCAGCUGGUCCUGUCUGCGUUCUCCUGAGACACCUUUCUCUUGCGACAAGCCUUCUAGAAUAUCAUCUCUUCCAUAAAAGAAGCUCGGUUUUCAGAGCUACUCAGAGGCACUAGAGAAAGAGGAGACUGGAGAUUGGCGGUCUACCUUGCUACCUGACCAUUCAGGAAGUCAACGAGCAAACAAUUGGCCUCUUGUGCUAUCGAGCCUGAGCUUCCCUCAAGGACGGCGAAGUGGGUCGCGUCCUUGCUGCCGACGACUUCCAUUCUGGCGUUGGGGACACGGCUAACGUAGUCUUCGUAGGCCGCACGUGGACAGAUGGUGUCCCCUGCCGGCACGAUAAAGAGCGUCGGACAUUGGAG